UGGUGGAGGACGGGGAGAGAAGAAGGAGGAUCCGGGAGCAAGCGACAACAAAAAGGGUCUGGCCUGGGACUUGGCAAAACGGGAUCAUCGAAGGUUCAUUGAAGGAUCAUCAUUUUUUUGUUCCUUUUGAUUUUAUUUCUCAUAUUUUGAAGCUUCUUCUGUUUUCCAUUGAGAAUAUCAUCCGUACGAUUCAAUGCCGUCCAACACUGUUGCCACCAACAACACCGCUGCAUUCCAAAGCUUAGACUACACCUGUGAUGCAUCUGGGAACAGAAUGAGGGAGAGCACGAUACUGGACACAGAGCUGGCACCAGACGAGACAUCCUCUAAAAGCAACACCAGCUGUAAAGAGGGCCGGCCUGCUGGGAGAAAACACAAGCACAUCUCUGCGGAGGGCAGUGUGUCUGUGAAGGACAGUGUGUCUGUGAAGGACAGUGUGGCCGGAGGCGGGGGCAACAGUCUCACCGGGGUGGCAGCGGAAAGAGAGAGAGUGUCUGUGGCGCAGGUGCAGAAUGGAGUCAUGAGCGGCGGGCACACAGACAGAGACAGGACCCAGGCUGAUGCCAGCAGCUGCCCCAAGCAAGAGAGGAAAGGUCCAGAGAAGAACGGGUUACCAGGUGCCCCUGGUUCCUCCAGUGCCAGUCAGGCUGAAGACGGCCCCCCGGGACCACCCACCCUCCUGCAUCAGAGCCGGAGCCCCCCCUCCCUGGAAAACAGGUUUCUAGUGAGCCGGGAGCUGAGCCGGGACGAGCAGGACGACUCUGAGAAAGACAAAGAGGAGACUCUGACAACUCCGCCACGUAAGAAACGAGGCAGGCGGAAACUGGAGCGCCCAACGAAAUAUGUGGAGCAGAAGGAGGACGGAGGUGAUACAGCCAAGAACCAGGGAGUUGGAGGCCCUGGGACAGGCAGGCUGCGUGGCUCCGUCAGUCUUCGUCAGAGGCCCAUCCCCAGAGUAACCUUCCAGGCCGGUGACCCAUAUUACAUUAGCAAGAGGACCAGGGAGGAGUGGCUGGCCAAGUGGAAGAUGGAGGCAGAGAAAAAAGCCCAACUGGUAUCAGUGUUGAACUUAAUGGAGGACCAUGAGGAGAUGGAGCCUGAGCCACAACAGAAAGAAGAGGUGUCAGUCAUCACACCCCACCAGCAACAACAACAACAACAGCAGCAGCCCACGGAACCAGCGUCCCCGACUGUGGCCACCACACCUGAACCUGUCCCCAUGGCAGGAGGGGACAAGACAUCCCCCAAGACUGCCGAUACUGAGCCGGAGUACGAGGACGGGCGGGAUUUCGGCAUUGGGGAGCUGGUGUGGGGGAAGCUGAGGGGGUUUUCCUGGUGGCCUGGUCGUAUUGUCUCCUGGUGGAUGACCGGACGCAGCCGAGCUGCCGAGGGGACACGAUGGGUCAUGUGGUUCGGUGACGGAAAAUUCUCAGUGGUGUGUGUAGAGAAACUGUUGCCUUUCAGUUCCUUCUCCAACGCCUUCCAUCAGCCGACCUUCAUCAAGCAGCCCAUGUAUAAGAAAGCCAUCUACGAGGUGCUACAGAUGGCUAGCACCCGUGCAGGCAAAACCUUCCUUGCCUGUCCAGAGAGCGAUGAGACAGACACCUCCAAGUCAGUGGAUCUACACAACAACCAGAUGAUAGAUUGGGCUGUGACAGGCUUCCAACCCACCGGGCCCAAGGGCCUAGAGCCACCAGAAGAGGAGCGUAACCCAUAUAAGGAGGUGUACCCUGACGUCUGGGUGGAGCCAGAGGCGGCAGCCUACACACCCCCUCCAGCCAAAAAGCCUCGCAAAAGCACAGCAGCCGAGAAACCCAAGGUCAAGGAGAUGAUUGACGAGGGGACGAGAGAGAGACUCGUGUAUGAAGUGAGACAGAAGUGCAGAAGCAUAGAGGACAUCUGCAUCUCCUGUGGAAGUUUGAAUGUUUCCCGUGAACACCCUCUGUUUGCUGGAGGAAUGUGCCAGAGCUGUAAGAACUGCUUUCUAGAAUGUGCAUAUCAGUAUGACGACGAUGGUUACCAGUCAUACUGCACCAUCUGCUGUGGGGGACGAGAGGUUCUCAUGUGUGGGAACAACAACUGCUGCAGGUGUUUCUGUGUGGAGUGUGUUGACCUACUGGUGGGGCCAGGCGCAGCACAGAUAGCUAUUAAAGAGGAUCCCUGGUGCUGCUACAUGUGUGAGAAGGGCCAGAAGGGAGUGUUCGGCCUGCUGGAGCGUCACACUGAUUGGCCCUGCCGUCUACAGCAUUUCUUCGCUAACAAUCACGACCAAGAUUUUGAACAACCAAAGCUUUACCCUCCAGUCAUGGCAGAGAAGAGACAACCUAUUCGUGUCCUGUCACUGUUCGACGGCAUAGCAACAGGUCUGCUGGUGCUAAAGGAGCUGGGUAUCCAGGUGGAGCGCUACGUGGCAUCGGAGGUGUGUGAGGACUCUAUCACGGUGGGCAUCGUCAGGCAUCAGGGACGCAUCAUGUACGUGGGCGACGUGAGGAACGUCACACGCAAACAUUUACACGAGUGGGGCCCCUUUGACUUAGUGAUUGGUGGAAGUCCGUGUAACGACCUCUCUAUUGUCAACCCAGCUAGGAAGGGUCUUUAUGAGGGCACUGGUCGGCUGUUCUUUGAGUUCUACCGCCUGCUGCACGAGGCUCGGCCCAAAGAGGGCGACAACCGGCCGUUCUUCUGGCUCUUUGAAAACGUGGUGGCAAUGGGCGUCAGUGACAAGAGGGACAUCUCUCGCUUUCUAGAGUGUAACCCGGUGAUGAUCGAUGCCAAGGAGGUGACUGCUGCCCACCGUGCUCGCUACUUCUGGGGCAACCUGCCUGGCAUGAACAGGUUGGUGAGAGAACGACCCUUGAUGGCCAUGUUCACUGACAGACUAGACCUUCAGGACUGUUUGGAGCACGGCAGAACAGCAAAGUUUGGCAAAGUGAGGACCAUCACCACUCGCUCUAAUUCCAUUAAGCAGGGUAAAGACCAGCACUUUCCCGUCUUCAUGAACGAGAAGGAGGACAUUCUUUGGUGCACUGAGAUGGAGAGGGUGUUUGGCUUCCCAGUCCAUUACACAGACGUGUCCAACAUGAGUCGGCUGGCCAGGCAAAGGCUUCUGGGAAGGUCGUGGAGUGUACCGGUCAUCCGACACUUGUUUGCACCACUCAAAGAAUAUUUUGCCUGCGUUUAACAAGAUUUGGCUCAACAAGACCACCUGAUUUUAACAAGAUUUUGGCUCAACAAGACCACCUGCGUUUAACAAGGCUUGACUUAACUAGACCAUCACAAACAUAGAACUGAUGUUGUAGCUAGAAACAUGAGCAUUGGUGAAAUUAUACUACUCCCUGGUACCUGGUAUCAUUUCCCAGGCAAGCAAAACAUCAUGAAAGUAAAUAUUUCAAAUUAUUUCUUGUAAUUUGAAAUGUACUUCUUAUUCUAUUUAAUAUGUAUAUGUCAUUUUACCUUUUAGCAGUGUUAUCCAGUAUUUUUAAAAUUGAUUUAUUUGUGCAAGCUAUACUUGAGACAAGGCUUUCUUCUCAAGGCACUGAGAAAGAAGAAACUAGGAUCUGUGUGGUUUUUAGAAUAAGGACUAGGGUUGGAUGAUUGGAAAAGAUCUGAAAGAGAGUUGAUAAUACUGUAUGUACAGUAUGUAUGUGAAAGAUAUUGGCUGUGUAGGCAUGAUUUUCUAUUGGCCAAUAUCUGAAGUGGGUAAAGCAAGCCACCGAUAGUAUAGUCAUGUUGAGUUUUGCUUCCUCCAGCUACUGAGCCUCGCAGAGCUAAAGUGAAUAAGGGUGAUUGUCGUCAGUGUCGUAGAAAGCUGUGUCUUAAUGAAUCCAAAACAUCAGAUCACAUAUACCUCUUUGUUUAAAGUUUAUAUACACAGUUAACUGAAGGUUAAGGUACUACUGUAAAAUGGUUACAAUACCAUGGUGCUUCACGACGAUAGGAAGCAUCACAGGUCAUGUGGCACAGGCACUACACUUUAGACAAGAUGGGAAUUUAAAAAAAACAUUUCCUGGAAAGUUUGUUUCCAGUGUAAUGUUUUCACUAUUUAAAGAAGUUUUGUGUUAUUUUAGUAAAUUUAAAUGAUUUCAAAGUGGCGAUUAAAGGUGUGAUGACUGCAGAAUAAUAUGCCAUAUCCUCCUCUUUUCUGUUUUACAGCUUUUAUAAACAUCAAUUGUACUGGUGUUUUUUCCCAUAAUUGUUCAAGCCUUUGCUACAUGUAAACUCAGGCCCCCCAUGCAUGCCUGUGUCUGACUCUGCACAAACACAACAUGAAGCUAGCCACAUGGGCGGUGAUGCGUUCUGUCGUUACAACAACAACAACAAAAUACCUUAAGAUCAAAGUCUGUGGUGAACUACUUUUUUCUAAUGUCAUUACUGUACAACUGUUAGUGAGCAUGGUGGUUGGACUGGAGGGAGGGCGGGUGGCCUGGGGUUUCCACAAUAAACUAAAGACUCUCUCCUUCCCUUUUUCACCCCUGCAAACUACAUACUGUCAGGUGCAAAUCUUCUAACAAAAUGGUGCGGCUUCACGAUGUUCUUCUACCUUUUUAUAGCAAUUUUGUGCUGUUUUACCAACAUAAAGCACUUUUUAUAUGUAUACUUUUUUUUUUCUUCAAUAUUUUAAAAUGUUUCUUCUUGGUUUUUCUUGUGAAAUGUUAUGUUUUUAUGAUGUGAACUGUUCUACAGCUGUGUAAUACAGUAUGUUUUCUAUACAGUAGGGCUGUGCCAAUAGAAGUGGAAGAAUGGACUCAUAGAAUUAUGUUAAAUCCAUGUAUCCAUGGAAAUGAUUGAUUAUUGAUCCUACUCAAUGUACAGUAGAUUCAUAGAAAAUGAUUGAUGUGCUCCAUUUUCAUAUUGUCUUCUGUUGAAAGCCGUAAUUCAGUAUGUCAUUCUCUGGAUAAAAAAAGAAUGUGUCUAUUUCUACUAACAUUGUAGAAUUUAAAACAGAGUUAAGGAACUAUGUUAUACCGUAUGUUUGUAACGCUACCUUCCCAAAUGAAUACCAGACCGCAGAUGCAAUGUCCUCUGCACUUUCCUCUUGUAGACCUCAAAUAAUUAGAAAAAGCGAGAGUGAUAGAGACAGAUUUUCAAACUUAUUACAGGGCCGGCUCCAGGCAUAAGCGUUUUUUUUUUUUUUAGGAACUCAGUCGGGGUCUGAACUUACUAUUGAGAGUAAAAAUAGUACAAUACACCAAUUUUGAAAUUUGGUUGGGCAUCAUUCUGCAGUUUUUCUUUUGUUAUGUCAGUCACUGACAGUCACUCAAUUGGCCAUGUCAGCUAACAAUUUUUAGAUUGGUAGUUAGUCUAGCCUGCUAUCUAAACUUGUAGUAGUCAUGGCCAAAUACUGACCGGGCAAGCAGGGCACGUGCCUAAGGCCCUGACCUCAAGGGUGGUUAGUUAUUCUCACUCUAAAUCAUGACAAAAUGGAUAGAAUUGCAGGAAAUUCGCUGUAAAACUGAAAAAAAAUUCAAAUUCUCUGCCCCAUGGCAAAAUGGAUAGAAUUGCAGGAAAUGUGUGAUGAAAUUGCAAAAAGAAUUCUCUGUCCAAUGGCAAAAUGUGUAGAAUUGCAGAAAACUUGAUUUAAAACUGCAACAUUUUCUCUACGCCCCAUGGCAAGAUGUGUAGAAUUGCUGGGAAUUCAUUUUUAAACUUGUGGACGAUUUAGAAAUUCGUUUUUCAGAACUCAAAACUGAAGAGUGAACGGUGACCAGAAAAAUACAGUAGCAGAGAUCAUGACUUACCAAUGUUCUAUCUAAAUAUUCAAAAUGACUUCAUUUCAUAAAUGUAGUUUCAUACAUGAUUAAGUUCUUAAGUGACCUUAUCGUAUCCUUUCCACCUUUUUAGUUGAACUUCGGACAUUGGGUUUGCAGGAAUCCUUAUGCGUUGUGUUGACAUUGAUGUUAAUUCCCUUUCCCUAUAGUAAAUGACCAUGCCCCUUGUACAGUUUGUACAUAGAGUUUUCCUGUCACUGUUUUUGGUUUGUUUGUCUCUUUUUGAAUUACCUAUGAGAUGUACAAAUAUAAUUCUUUGCUAAUAUAUAUCAUGGAAUUAGAAAAAAUAAAGAUUAGGUGAAAAAAUAAAAAUAAAAUCAAGUAAAAUAGUUUUUUUUUUUAAAUAUCAAAAUAAGCUAUGAAGCAUUAGAGGGUAGACUCCAAGUGUUGCCUUCUACUACUGUUCAUUUGUUUUGUUGAGUCCUGAGUGAAUCCAGUUUAAAUGUGUCAAGUGAUCUUUAGCCUAAUAAUGACAGCUUUAAGAUGCAACGGUCUCUACUUCACUGCACAGCCCUACAUAUUGUUGGUUGUUUUUGCCUUUUGUUUCUUUUUAUAAGAACUAUAAAGAGGGAUUGUAGGUGUUUCUGACGGUGCUAAACAUUUUAUCUAAUCAAGAAAAAAUAUAUUUGUUUUGGAAGAGAAAUAAAACUUGUCUUGACAAUGACUGUUUUUAA